AUGAAGCUAUCAUUGGUGUUUCUAUUUGUAAUUGUAGAUAUAGUGAAGAAGGGGAAUUUAUUACCCGCUGCAUAUGGCUUCCUAACGACUCACAGUAGACAUAGAGUUAGAGGUUUGAUGUCGUAUCCCAAAAAUGCGGAAUCCAACGGCGUGGAGCGGGAUGAGGUUGUGGAGAAAUUAAACCAAGCUAAGGAAAUAGUCGCUCAAGCCAUUUCGAUCGGUGCACCAGCAUACAACGUAGGAGAUAUCGCGCGAUGUGCUCAAGUAUAUGAACAAGCAUCCAAUCAACUAGCCCCUUUCCUUCCGAACGAUCUUCAGUCGAAAUUGUUGAAGGAGGUAUCGGGAAUUGAUGGUAUGGAUGACGACUCCAGGGCGUGGGCGCUUAGAGGCCUAUUUGAUUCGAUUUCUGGCUAUCAGCUUCCCUUCUCCCCUAUGAUCAUCGGUGACGACUCCAAUAUCGUAUUCCAACCAUUUGAUGCGACAAUCCUUCCAGCGGAGCCUCGACCAGUGAUGGAUAGCGUCAUGGGAGGAAUAUCAGAAGGUUCCUGGGUGCCAGAAUUAAAAACUUUUCGUGGUACUACUUCCCUUGCCAACAAUGGUGGAUUUUCUUCGUUGCGAUGGAGAUUUCAAACACCUCAGAACUGGUCACACGCCAAGGGAAUUUACUUUCAAUCCCUCCAACACUCUUCCCCAACGGAGCACACGUUUCGCCUGAUUCUGAAAGAUGCCACCUGUGAACAAAUCCGACUUUCCAAUUUCAAAGCCGUUUUUGCGAAUCCGAACGAAUCCAAGGAACCUCUCUUGAUUCCAUUCUCUGCAUUUGAUCAGAUGGAACAAAUGGGAAACCCACUGGUCGGAUCGCCUGGAUUCAGACCAUCAGUAGUAACCGAGAUUGGAAUAAUGGCGAUCAAACCAACGGUCGUUGGAUCAUUCGAGCUACACUUUGAAGAAUGGGGACUGUACAAUUAA